CUCUACGGAAUCAACAAUAAUGCAGUGCAUUUUUUUCGGCUUAGUCGUAUUUGCUACAUUAAAUCAUGGCGCAAAAGCAACAAUCGUUUAUCCAAGAAUGUUGGAGAGUCGAGCUGAAGAUGGCCGAAAGCUGCUUAAGAUAAAUGACGAUAUAACGCUCAAACUGAGUAAAAGUAGUGUCUUGCCAGAAGACUUUCUUAUUUACUCAACAAAGGAUGACGCACCAAUAGCAUACCAUAUGCGCGGCGCUGACGUAGAGAAGAAUAUAUAUGAAGAUGCAGAACAGAUGGCAACAGUUGAUGUGUCCGAAGAGGACGGCAUCAGCGUUGAAGGUGUACUUGGUAAUAAUUUGCGGAUAAGACCUCUCGAAGGGAUUGAGAGGUCGAUUAAUGGUCAACAGGCACACGAACUGUAUGAGAUUGAAAACCCUGAUAACGCAGGUCAUCGAGACGAUGAUUAUGCAACACCACCCGUGAACGAAACAUCGCCGAUGGUGGAAUCUCGCAGACUGCAGUGGUACAAAGCGCCACGUAUUCCAGUGAUGAUAUACCCUGAAGUGCACGUCGUAGUGGAUUUGUAUAUCUGCCAAGCAUUACAAUUCGUGGAAUCUAAAAUUGCGAGAUAUGUCGCCCUUAUGAUGGCUUCGGCCAACCUACGGUACAAAAGCGUGAUCCAACCAAGGGUGCAGCUGAGACUUGUAGGGGUCUCAGUGACUAAAAAGAGAGUCCUCUACACCUUUUCAAGUAGCACCAGAAGAAAUAAUCCUAAGACAACUGCCCUCUGCAUCGCUUUCAGUCUCGGCUGCGCACACGACGGAAACGACGCGAAGAGUUGGCCUUACGGACACAUUGGAUCAAAGGACUGUAGUUGGGAUGACGGCUUCAUGAUGAGUUACAAGUUUGUAGUACCGAAUAUGUACAGAUUUUCCAAGUGCUGCCAACGCGAAAUGAUGAAUCUGUACAAUCGCCCCGAAUACAGUUGUCUAAUUGUGAAAAACAGUGUUUCAGUAAGCAUAACCACGUCCAAGCUUCCUGGUGAGGUGUCAAGUCGCCAAAAAUAUUGUGAAAAAGUCUACCAUGAGUACAGUUACGUCAAGGUAGACCGGAAAUAUGAUAUCAGCAAGUGCUAUGUGAAAUGCUUCAUUAAUAGAAACGGGGAGAACAUGCUGCAAUAUGCUGUCGAUGGCGUGAAAUGCGGCAAGCGAAAGAUUUGCGUUCUGGGAAAUUGUACAUCGAAGGCAGACUUGAAGAGGGCAGAAUGAAUCACAUUUCAUGACAAUUCUUUCACUUGUUCAAAACCUCCUUGUCUGAUAAAAUAAAGACAGAUUGCAUAAAAUAA